AGUUCUAAUUGAGAACAACAAAAAAGAAGUGUUCUUCAUCACCUAUUGUAUUUUUCGGAUUACAGAAAAAUUCAUUGCUAAAUUGAAUUGUGCUCAUUACGUGCAGCAAACGCAAGGUAACAAGUAUGGAGAUGACCAGCAUGAGGGUAAUACUGCCGUUGGCGAUAUUUUGUAUAUUUUUUGCGAAUGCAAAACCCUCGUCCAAAAAACGUGAUUCGGGGGAGUCUGGCGAAGGCGAAAAAUGCAAAUAUAGUAAAGCUUUUAGAUGCUUAAAGGAUGCGCUUAUUUCUAAGAUGGAUGAAAACAAAGAAGCAGUAGAAUCUAAAAUCGAUGAUCUUGAGGAAGAGAUAAACAAAGAUUUGACAACUAUUGCGUCGGAUGUUUCCUUGCUUCAAGGCGAUGUCAGCACACUACAGGGAUCUGUUAACACAAUAGACUCUCGUACAAGUGACCUGAAGACAACUGUUGACAAUAUAGAUGUCAAUUUUGGAACAAAGUUGACAAACAUUGAAACAAACAGUGUUGCCAUUCAAGGAGGAAUCAGUACAAUAGUGAGUGACACUGCAAUAAUUAAAGGUGAUAUUGAUUUAGUAGAAGAAUCUGUAAAUACAAUAGACACUCGUACAACUGAAAUCAAGGGCAGUGUUGCUGAUGUAACGAAUGAUCUAGCAAAUGUUGACUCAAAGAUUUCAGUCAUUGAAAGCAGUGUUGGCUCAAUUGAUGAAAACACCGACGCCAUCGAAACUAAAAUCGACGACUUGCAAGAAUCCGUUGAUGAAAUAAACACGCGAACAACUGUUAUAAAAACCGACGUUGAUGAAAUAAAGGUUACUUUAGGGAAUGGAUUUGGAACAAUCAAUUCAAAUACAGCAACCAUCCAAGAAGGCAUAAAUUCAUUACAAGAAGACAUUAACAACGUUGAAGAAGCUGUGGAAACAUUAGACGAACGUUCCAUUGAAAUAAAGUCAGGUGUUGAACUUGCAAACGCAAAUGUUUUAUCGGGUACCAAUCAAAUUGAAAACGGUGUAAAUUCAGUAAAAGACAUCCUACAAAACAAUAUAGCCAGUAGUUUAACUCAAAUCAGUUCCAAAAUUGAUGGUGUAGAGAACAGCAUUUCUCCUUUAAGUACCCUUAAAAGUGAAAUCGAAAACAACGUCAAUCAGAACACGGCGGACAUAAAAUCCAAAAUUGAUAGUUUAGAAACGUCUGUUGGUAGCAGUUUAACGACAAAUACAAAUGAACUCAAGGUCCUCAUUUCUGCUGUAAAAAGUGUCGUUCAGACAAAUACUAUUAAAAUCGACGCACUGGGGCUAAUUAUGCAAAAUGUCAUAAAAGGUGUCAACGAAAUCAAGGAUAAAGUCGCUUGCUUAAAUUGCCAAUCUGGAAAUCCUCUUGACAACUACGACGUAACACCGGGAGACUGUGGUGGAGCUGACAUAGGAUCCGUAUCAAAUGAUCCACUGGAAACAUGUGCAAAGCGUUGCAAUGAAAAUGUGAUAUGUGGAGGAUUUGUGUACAAAUCUGACGUGACAGAGUGCUACCUAAAGGGCGCAUUAUGUAUAACCCCAAACGAUCCAAAUAGCCUAACAAAAAAAGUGUAUGCAAAAAAGUCGAAAUAGAUGAUUACACGGUGACCAUCAGAAAGGAAGAGAUUUCUCAAGGAAGAAAAUUAAUCUAAUUCUCGCAAGAAGUGAAGAGAAAGGCACUGGUGUUACAUUUGUUUGUGUAACAGAGUAUCUUCUCAUGAAAAAUAAAUAUCAAUUUGGAUGUUUA